AUGGCCGCGGUUCGGGCGUUGCGGGGUCCGAAGGCGCUGGCGGGACCCGGCGGGACCCACGGGGCGUUCGCCUGUCGCACGGGGCUGCUGCGGGCGCUGAGGGCUCCUCCAGCCUGCUCGCCCCGGGACGUCUCCUCUCCCGGCUUUACCCGCCUCAGCCGGGCCGUUACCCAGCGCGCUGCCGCCCGCGGGCCCCAGAGCAGCGGUGCUUGCCCGGGGUGUGCCCGGUGUGAAGGAGCCGCCGGUGCCCCGCGCCCUGCGGCGCCUCAGCAGCGGGCAGAGGGGCCAGAGGCGGCCGGGGAGCUGCGCUGGGCCCUGGCAGGUGUUGGGCGAACGGGGAGCGGGCACCGGGUCAGGGCUGGCCGCUGCCCCGGGACAGCACCUGAGCACAGCCCGGCCGGACGGCAGCGGGGAGAGCGCUGCCCCGCCGGGGCGCUUCUGGCGGGGCCGGGCCGGCACCGCUUCCCCUCGGGGCCCCCGGCCCCGCCGAGCGCCCCAUCGCCUCGGCCCUUCCCUCCGCAGAGCGCCGGCCGGCCGUGCCUGCAGCCGGACUUCGCCGGGGGCUCGGGCUGCGCCUGGCCCUGGUCUGCCCCCGCCGGGGUUUCCAAGGAGACCUGGGCCGCCGUCUGCGCCGCGGAGCCGCCGCACAGCCACGGCCGGCCGCAGGGCCAGGUCUGCAGCCCGCAGCUCGCUGCCCAGGACGCGGCGUGGCAGGGAGACCAGCUGUCCUCCCAGCUCUACAGAAACAAGCAGCUUCAAGAUACUUUGCUUCAGAAGGAAGAGGAACUUGCUAGGUUACAUGAAGAAAAUAAUAACCUCCGACAAUACCUGAAUUCUGCCCUGAUUAAGUGUUUAGAAGAAAAAGCCAAGAAACUACUGUCUGACCAUGGGCAAAAAACCUGUGCUAUCCUCAAAAGUACCAAGAGGAGACUGAAGGAGGACCACUGCUUUGUUCCUCAAGAAACUCCUCAUGCUUCCAAAGCUAGAAGGAACCUCUUCAAUGAAUUCACUGCCUGUGAGGAGCAAGCCAGCCCUGCUGUGGACAGCUGGGUCUUGCAGACCUUAGGAUUAAAGGAUGUGAACACCAUUGAUGAAGCUUCAGCUAACUACAGUGCCCUGUCCCCAGACCUUGGGAAAGACACGUACUGCCUGAGCCCUGGGGGAGCAGCAGACUGUGAGCACAGGGAAGGAGCAGCAGCAGUGUUCAGCUGCAGCCAUGAGCCCCCAGGCAGCAGCAGCACCCACCCAUGCAGCCAGGAUUCUCCCUUCCUUCCUCAGUUUUCUUCAGCACCAUGCAUCUCCUCACCAGUGCCGAGUGUUUCCUCCCUCCCAGCCUAUGGGUUGCCUUAUUGGACUGGUGGUUUGUCACCCAACAGAACAGAAGUGGCCUUCACCACGUGCCUGAGUCCCCACCGCAACGUGAGGACGCACAGCUUCCACCAGGGACAGGCCUUCGUGCGCAGGGACGAUGAUGGUGGCUGGAGGUUCACCUGGGUGCCCAAGCAGCCUGAAUGAUGCACCUGACCAAGGGCCAGCCAUAGAGGAUGGAGGAGUCACACCUCACCUUGUGCAUCAGACAGAAAAAGGGACCCCUUUUGGGCUGCUUUAAAUGCUACCCUGUCACUAACCCACUCCUCAUUCCCUCACAGAUUUUCACAGAUGUGACUCCAGAUUGCACUUGAACAGUUUUCUGCCCCAGAUGUUCAAACUGGAUUCCUUUCUCUUGUGCCUGUAUUGAGAUACCUGUUUUUACUUCUUUCCUGGGGGUUUGUCAUCAGCUCCUCCUUGUUACUGGUAGUUUCCAGGCUGGAGGGCUUUCACUUUUGAUGAUCACCUCAACAUGCACCAAACAGGAAAGCACUUUGGGAAUACACCUCUCUCCCUUUGGAAAUAGCACCUAUCUCACAGAUAUCCACAGAUAACAAAGGAGGCAUAGGUUGGAGGCUGAGGAUCAGCAGUUUCUAAGUGAUUUAUAUCUCUCUUCACUACACAGAUAGCCUUGGAUUUAACAGGCACCCAUGGCUGCCUUAGGUGCUGCACAAGGCUGACCUACCUGCAGUUCCAUGGUGCUGUCACAUUCUUUGAUGAUGCCUCAAAAUAAAAACAGGAUUUACUUCUAAUGCCUGGAGGCCACUUAGUUACAAGUGAUUCAGCAAGGUCAGGGGAUCUUCCUAAGGUGUGAUUAAGAGACUGAUGUGUUUACUAAUAUGUUUUAAAGGUAUUUUGUAUCUCAAUAAAGGGAGUUUACAUGUGGGGAGGCAGUAUCACUUAGUGGCUGGAGUGGGUCUUUGGGGACUCCAGCCUUCAAUGCCAGCUCCUGCCUCUCUGUGUCUGCCAGACUGGGAUGGGCUGAGGGUAAGACCAGCAUUACUUUGAGAAUGCUUUAAAACUCUCUGAGAGAAGGUGCUCUAGCACUGCACAGGACUUAACUUUCACUACUGCUACUAAAUGAUAUGAAUAUUUGAUUAUAUG